AUGAGUUCCAUGCUGGAUGAGAUUUUAACUGCUAUCAAGGAACAUCUGCUAGGACUGAAGACAAGUCUGAAGGAAUAUUUCCCUCCAAUCAACAGCAACAAAGCAUGGAUAAGGAACCCUUUUACAGUGAAAGUAGAAUCCGAGACAGAAUUGCCGGAUUCAGAUAUUGAGUCUAUAAUUAAACUGUCGUGUGAUACGGCACUCAAAGACAUGUUCGACAGAAUACCACUGAUGAAUUUUUGGCUGUCUUAUCGUCAAGAGUACCCAGUUUUAGCAGAAAAAGCGAUAAAAUUUUUAAUUCCUUUUGUCACGACCUAUAAGUGUGAAAAACCAAUUGGAAGUCGAACCGGAUCUAAGAAUAAAGUUAUCAUCUUUUUCUUCAAACCUGAAGUUUCUAGUUAA